AUGGUGAGCAUCUGGACAAUCGCAAUUUUUCUGCUGGGAGCAGUCAAAGCAAAGGAAAUUUGCUAUGAACAAAUUGGGUGCUUCUCCGACUUGGAACCCUGGGCCGGGACUGCAGCCAGGCCCCUGAAAGUUCUCCCCUGGAGCCCAGAGAAGAUCGGAACCCGCUUCCUGCUCUACACCAAUGAGAACCCAAACAACUUUCAAACUCUCCUUCCCUCUGAUCCAUCAACAAUUGAAGCAUCAAAUUUUCAAACAAACAGGAAGACCCGGUUCAUCAUCCAUGGCUUCAUCGACAAGGGAGAAGAGAACUGGCUUAUGGAAAUGUGCAAGAACAUGUUCGCGGUGGAGGAGGUGAACUGCAUCUGCGUGGACUGGAAGAAAGGUGCCCAAACCACGUACACACAGGCCGCCAACAACGUGCGGGUGGUGGGCGCCCAGGUGGCCCAGAUGCUCAGCAUGCUCUCGACAAACUACAACUACUCUUCUUCCCAAGUCCACCUCAUCGGCCACAGCCUGGGAGCCCACGCAGCAGGAGAGGCUGGGAGCAGAAUUCAAGGGCUGGGCAGAAUUACAGGGUUGGAUCCUGUAGAAGCAAGCUUCCAGGGUACUCCUGAAGAGGUUCGACUCGAUCCCUCCGAUGCUGACUUUGUUGAUGUGAUUCACACAGAUGCAGCACCCCUGAUCCCAUUCCUGGGCUUUGGAACAAAACAAUUGAUGGGUCACCUUGACUUCUUCCCCAACGGAGGAGAGGAAAUGCCAGGAUGCAAGAAGAAUGCUUUGUCACAGAUCGUGGACCUCGAUGGCAUUUGGGAAGGGACUCGGGAUUUUGUGGCUUGCAAUCACCUGAGAAGUUACAAGUAUUACUCGGAGAGCAUCCUCAACCCUGACGGGUUCGCUUCCUACCCCUGCGCUUCCUACAGGGAGUUUGAGUCUAACAAGUGCUUCCCCUGCCCGGCUGAAGGCUGCCCACAGAUGGGCCACUAUGCUGAUAAAUUCGCUGGCAGGAUAAGCAGUGAGCCACAGAAAUUCUUCCUGAACACAGGAGACGCCAGCAGUUUUGCUCGCUGGAGAUAUGGAGCUUCUAUAACACUGUCUGGAAAAAUGGCCACUGGUCAGAUCAAAAUUGCUUUGUUUGGAAAUAAGGGAAACACUCAUCAAUUCGAUAUCUUCAGGGGGAUUCUCAGACCAGGCUCUACCCAUUCCAAUGAGUUUGAUGCAGAGCUUGAUGUUGGAACAAUUGAGAAAGUCAAGUUUCUUUGGAACAACAAUGUGGUAAACCCAACCUUCCCCAAAGUGGGUGCAGCCAAGAUCACCAUCCAAAAGGGAGAGGAGAACACAGGUUCAAGGCACAACUUCUGCAGUGAAAGCACUGUGAGAGAAGACGUUCUCCUCACCCUCACGCCCUGUUAA